AUGUUCGCAUCUCCUGUAGAUGCGCUUUCGCCGGGUGGAUCGCGCGAAGCAAUGUAUAAAAAUAAAGGAAUGACAUCGGUGGAAAUGCGGAAACGACGCGAAACAAACACAGCACAGUUACGGAAACAAAAACGGGAUAAUGAAAUCAGUAAACGCCGAAAUAUCGAUGAAAAUGCCGACAGUUCAGCGUGUGAGGAAGAUGAAUCUAUGGUAAAAAAUAGCAGUAUCAAAAUUUUAUUUCUCUUAUUGUCAUUUGAAUCUAUAAAAUUUGUUAUUGUGUCAUUUGAAUCUAUAAAAUCUAUAAAAUUAUUACAUUGUGAAAGUCAUUUGAAUCCGCUGGAGGUUCGAACCAUUCUCGAAGCAUCCUCGAAAUAA